ACUGCCCCCACCCUGAGUGGCCUGUUUCCCAUCGCUCGCAGGCUGCAACCAAGUUGUCUUCCAUCCGCCAUCCAGAGUCCGGGGAAGUUUUCCCAUACCGUUCUAGCCCACCUCCAUUCUCAUUUCUUCUGACACUAUUUCUCUCUCCGCGUACACUUGCGGGAAGGGCUGGAGGGAUGGUACGAAAGCCACAUAAAAAAUCAAGGCUAGGCUGCAUAGAGUGUAAAAGGCGCCACAUCAAGUGCGACGAAGGAAGGCCGAUAUGCGGAAACUGCAACAUCUCACGACGGGACUGCUCCUACGCAAGCAUGAUAUCAGAAGCGCAUAUCAUCCUGGAGCAAUUCCCCAGGACUUCGACAUCGGCCGGCACAGCUGAUAAACAGCGUCCGAGCGACUCACCAAAUCCCUCCCAAGCCGGCAGUGACAUUGACAGUCCCCCUGUGAAUCCACUCCAUCUCGAGCUCUUCCACCACUUUGUUCAGGACCUCUCCGUCUCCCUCGGCCUCGAUCGGAUCGUCUCCGGGAGUCGAGCAAUUGGCUUGAUGGGCUCUAUGUUGGCUGCGCCGUAUCUCAUGGACCAAAUCCUCGCUUUCUCUGCUCUGCAUCUUAGCAUCCUCCGCCGUGACCAGCAGAAGCACUACAAGUACCACGCGGACCAGCUCCAGACGCAUGCCAUUUCCGCCUUCAACGGGUUGAAACUAGAGGUGAAUCCCGAGAACUGCUUGCCUUUGUUCAUGUUCGCCUCGUGUCUGGCGAAUCACACCCUCUGCGAGAAGCUCGUCUUCCGCGCCGACAGCUUUGAUGGCUUCGUCGACGAUUUCGUCCAAUGUCUCCGUCUGCAUUGUGGCAUCCGCACGAUCACAUCUCAAUCAUGGCACUUCCUCUUGGAGACCCCUCUCAAGGAUACACUCCGAGGCGCAGGUCAGGCCUUGGAUGAGGGACCGCCGGGGGAUGAGUGCCUUGAGCUGUUAUCAUUAGUGAACACCACCGUGUCCGACUCUGCGACGAGGAAGACAUACCACCAGGCGAUCGAAAGCCUGCAGAAAACGCUGAACGCGAACCGAGUCUCGUCCAACGAGUAUGACGCGAUGAGUCUGGUCGUCUCGUGGCCAGUCAUGGUCCCCCCCGCGUAUUCCGACCGGCUCGCAGAGCGCCAGCCAGAGGCGCUCGUCAUCCUGGCCUACUACGCUGCCCUCGUACAUAUGCACUCUGACAUUUGGCUCUUUGGCGACAGUGGCUCGUACAUACUUCGGUCUGUCAACGGAUACCUGGGGCCGUCUUGGGAGCAAUGUCUACGGUGGCCGAACGAGAUUCUGCAAAGCUACUCGGGAGCAUCCGAGAUGCGGACCUCAGCUGACUUGGGCGGCACUCCGGUUGCAUAAACAGACGGGAGUGUGCGCUGCAUGUUGGUGAUUUUCUCUUUUUCCUUUUUUUUCUUCACGGGCAUAAUAAUCAUGACACCGCCAAGGGCGGUCCAACUUUCUCUUGGUUCUUGUCUCUGGCGUAGAAGUUUCUGAAUUAAGGCGUUGCUUGGGUUAGGGUUAGGUCGUCAUGGAGCUUGAAUAUAUAUACCAGGACUACAUAUAGACGCGGAUCUAUCACAUUGGAAAUGUAUGUGAGGAGUUUUAGGUUACUAAAAAGUUGAGCUAAUAUAUAUGGAAACAUGAGCCGGAUACAUAAAGGAUAUUGCCAUACUUCAGGGAUAUUCGAAGCAAAUUUCACAAAAAUACCAAGUUAAUCCAGUGUAUGAGGGUACGUCAUUCACGCAUCCAUAAUAAGCAAGAUAGUCUAUAUAAAACAAG